UAAUGCGUGCACAUCAUCGUACGUAGUCGCUAUCCAACCGUCGAACGUAAACGAAUCGUUCUUCGGAAUAGUUCUUCAAGUGCUUUAAAUUUUGUCAAACGUCAAACGCCAAAAGGUUAGAACAGUGAUGGAACGCUGGCAAGGCAAGGUAGCGAUCGUGACGGGCGCCAGCUCGGGAAUUGGUGCUGCAACCGUAAAAGCGCUCGCCAACGCGGGCAUGAUCACCUUCGGCCUAGCGCGCCGUGUCGAGCGGGUUGAGGAGCUGAAAAGUGAACUUCCAGCAGAUGUGCGCGACCGGCUACACGCUGUCCAGUGUGACAUAACGAAGGAGGAAGACAUUUUGGCCGCUUUCCGCCAAGUGGAGGAAAAAUGUGGAGGCGUUGAUGUGCUGAUCAAUAAUGCUGGUGUCGCGCGAACGGUCGGUGUGCUGGAUGCCGGCAACACGCAAGCUGUGCGGGAUGUGAUCGAUACGAAUUUGGUUGGGCUGGCACUGUGCAGCCGGGAAGCGUUCCAAUCGAUGAAGAAACGUUCGGUCGAUGGACACAUCAUUCACAUCAACAGCAUUCUUGGCCACUGUGUGCUGCCGAUGGGAACGCUUAACGUGUAUCCGGCAACCAAGUACGGUGUGACGGCACUGACGGAAACGAUGCGCCACGAGCUACGUUUGGCGGGGACCAAAAUCAAAGUCACGAGCAUUAGCCCCGGUUUGGUGAGAACGGAAAUCAUACCGAACAGUGCCGCCAUUUCCGAGAUGCCCAUCCUCGAGCCGGAAGACAUUGCGAGCGCCAUUCUAUACGCACUGGGCACUCCACCGAGAGUACAAGUGCACGAGAUAACGAUUAAACCGGUGGGCGAAAGUAUGUAAAACUGUUUCGAGUUGGAAUUUUAAUGGACAAUAAAAGGAAAUUAAAAAUACGUUAAAGCAUA